AUAAUUGUCUCGCGAUCCAGUAGUUUGUCAGGCUUUAAUUGUAGAGUGCCUGUCAAAUGGGCCUUUAUGACUUCAUAACACAUCUUGAUUCGAUAUAUUCUUACAAUGUUCUUGAUAAUUUGUCGUAUUUGUGACUAAUAAAUACAACACUAAAUGUACUAGAUGGACUUGGAAAAGAAAUUAAGUUUUUUAUGUUAAACUAAAAUGUUGACUGCUCAAAUUUCGGAAAGCGAUACUGUAUGAUAUUGUUCAAUAAAAUAUAUUACUAGAUCAAAACAAAAUAACACGAGUAUCAUCAAUUAAAGAUGAUUUGGGCAUUAUCAGCAUGAACAAGUUAAAAAAAAAAGAAUCCAAGAUUUGAGUAUACGUUUAAUACAAGCAUAUAAAAUCAAAACCCUACAAUUUGGGGUACAAAUUUCCAAAAUUGUUAUUGAUUUUCUCUUCAAGACUGUUGCAACGAAUUAUCAUUUCAAGCUGAGGAACGCAAUAAUUUUACAUUAAGUCAAUCAAUUAUGGUUUAAACAGGUAGUGACACUUUCAAAAGUGUUAUAAAGUAAGUGGUAACCACAACAUUUGUUAUUGAAAUAUUUUAGAUCUUUACAAGCAAAAAAAAAUAUAACAAUCGAACUAAGAGUAGAAAUAAAGUUAACUUAGAAAAAUAAUAUAUAAUAUAUAUAAUACGGUGUAUAGAUCAAGAAUUAUUUCCAGGGAGUGCUCCCGAAAAGAUCUGCACAGUAAAACCCCUUAAAUAUAAGAGUUAAUUGUAACAUGAAUGCACGUUCACAGAUUUUUGAUCUUACCAUGGAAGGUCGGCAGGUGGAUGAAGCGUUGGCUAGCAUCUUUCAUACAGUAUUGUUUCAUCGCUGUUCUGGUAAAUAUAUGUAUACUGGAGAUGCACAGUAUUCUAUAGGAACCGUAGGUUAUUCCGAUGUUGAUUGUGACUUUAUUGACUUUACCUAUGUUUGUUGUACUUCGGAAAGCCUGACACGCAAAGUGAAGCGUGCCAUCAAUGUUUUUAGCGAAAAAUUGCGCUCUAAUGAUAGCUGUGGCUCCGGUCAGAUAAGCUUAGAAUUUUUUCAGAAAAAAAAAAAUCGCUGGCUUUUCACACAGGAGUCUAUUCCCUGGGAAGUGUGGACAGUACAUUUGGAUUUAAUUAAACACGAGAACGAAGAUGAUCGGCAGCUUUCGCGCGAAAAUGUAUCUGAUCUACUUACUGAGAAAGUUAUAUACAUUACAGAAUUAAUGAACCGUCACGAUUAUGUACCCAAGACUCCCAGCCAAAGCGAGCUAGAUCUAAUUUUUGAUACCUCGUUUCCAGAUAUUCAGCCUUAUUUGUUUAAAUUUGAUUAUUCGACCUCUGGGUCGACAGCACCUUCAAUGGGAAAUGCAGUGAAAAAGAUAAUUAAAGAAACACUUGCGAUGUGACUACUAACAAAAUUAUGGGUGGAAUGUGUAAAUCAAGAUUUAGCUUUGCAAAGAAUGUAGGACUUACUUUUUAAUGUGCUUGUUAAUGUCCUGCGUUACUGCUCAUCCUGCUCAACUGAACCUGAUGACUUUUAAGCUUUUAUUGGAUUGUAAAUAAUUUUAUAAGAUGUUCAUUAUAUUUGUAAUUGAAAUAU